AUGUGGAGGCAGCCACCGUCUCGAGGUCUGUUUCGACUGAUAUCUAGACCCUCGCCCGUCAAGUUUCCAUCUUGCACUGGUCUAGCUACCAUUUGUUAUGGCCCUUCGAACGCAGCUUUUCUGAACACAAAGCAAAACUCGCACCGAACGAUGCAGACGAAACAGCUAAAUGCAGUAAAAUCAGACGAUCUCUUCCGAUAUACCUCUGGCCGGUGGCUUAUUGACGAAAAGGCCCAACAGCAGCUGCGUUUCGUGAAGUUUGAUCUCGAUGGUCUCUGUCGCCUAGCGGCAUCAUAUUUCGGUGAUGCGACGAAGUGUGUUCGUGUUGUCAAGCUGGAAGGAAACUUCAAUAAAGCUCUACUUCUUGCAAUGGACGAUGGCAACGAGGUCAUAGCGAAAAUCCCUUGUUCGAAUGCGGGUCCACCCUCGUUGACCACGGCUUCUGAAGUGGCCACUCUAAAAUUUCGUAUGUACAGUAUUGUUCGAUUUCGCAGUUAA